GUGUGUGUGUGUUUGUGUGAGACCCCGGGACAUUCUCUGUGGCUCGGGGUCAAUGAGACUGGUACCAGAACAUGCUGUUAUCCCAGUCGAUGAACCUGUUUUUAACAAUCUUCUUAGGCUUUCCUUUCCUCAGUAUUUUCCUCUGCAUUACCCCGGAUUCUGGCGUGAGACUGUACUAUUAGUACCCACUGCAGUGGUAAACGUACUUGAAAGGACCUUGAAUUUAUUGAUCCUGCCAGCUCUGUGAGAAUAAUCUGGCAGCCUGUCUGUGUGGCGUUGUAUAAGACUGUUUGAGGCUCAGUGCUGAACCGCUGUUGGGAGGAUUCCGUGUGUGUGUGUUUGGGGUGGGUGCUGUGAUUAUUCCCACACCGAGUGCGAUUGGCUGCCCAGCACUGACCUGUGGCCCAGUUACUAGGCUGCCGGAAGCUGGAACUCAACGGAAAAACAGCUCCGAAUCACAGUUUGGUAGUGCAUCAUCGGGAAGGAGCAGCGAAGUGUUGUGGAAGCUGAAGAUUCUGAGAUGGGUUUGUGGCCGUUGGGCCUUGGAGCCUUGGGAGCAGCAAUCACCAGCGUGCUCCUGGCAAACACUGAUCUCUUGCUGUCCCAAGCUGACACUGCAACACUCACAUACCUGUCAGGGGCUUCACUGAGAACCUUGGAUGAAGAGAAAAGGAGAUUUGAGGCAGCCGAGCUGUGGAUGCAGACUGGUGCAGUCAUCAUGGCAGUGCGGAGACCCGGAUGAUUCUUGUGCCGAGAGGAGGCCAAUGACAUCUCCUCUCUGAAACCCCAGCUUGAUGAGUUAGGGGUCCCUCUGUAUGGAGUCGUCAAAGAAGAUAUCAAUAAUGAAUUAAAGAGCUUCCAACCUUUUUUCAAAGGCGAGAUUUUUCUAGAUGAAGAGAAACGCUUCUAUGGACCAAACAAACGCACCAUGGGACUCCUUGGCCUUUUCCGUCUGGGUGUUUGGAGGAAUUUUUUGAGAGCCUGGCGAAAAGGAUUCAGCGGGAAUACAGACGGAGAAGGAUUCAUCCUUGGAGGAGUAUUUGUUUUAGGAGCUGGAGAUCAGGGAGUCCUCCUAGAGCACCGUGAGAAGGAGUUCGGUGACGCUGUUGAUAUCCACUCUGUCCUUGAAGCAGCCAGGAAGGUCAGGCCUCCGAGAGUCACUGAAAAAUAGACUGCCAGAAACUGAGAAAUCAAAAGGAAAUGCCACAGUGAAACUCCUGUUCAGUAUCAAGUAAUCACUGCACAGCGCUGGAUCCCCAACCACUGCUCCACUGAUCCCUCUUCCUCUUCCCCCAUAUCCAGACUGUACUCCUGACUCCCUAGAAUCCCACCCAAAUCCUGCUCCCUACGUGAACCCUCCCACUCUGCAUUCAAAUCCUGCCUUUCUCUUCCUGAACCACACCUCUCUGCUCCCCCACCCCACUCCAGAACCCUGCCUCCCUCCCCCUGAACCAUACCUCUCUGCCCCCAAACCUACCUCACUAGCCCCUAGAACUCUACCCUCUCUUUCCUGGGGCUGCUCUGUGUUGCUGACCUGCACUGUAUUAAUGAGGGUCUGAUCCUAAAGCUAUUGGCUCAUGGCCUGAUAUUUACAGAGUUGGUCAGGAGUGAAAUUCUGACAUGGAAUUGAAGUGGAAACUGUUUGUAACCUGAACCUAAUCACAAUAAAAGAAUACAAGACAA